AUCAGGCGUCGCGGCGCAAUGAGGAGGCGGUAUUUUGCUUGUCACACUCAAGACUCCCGAAUUUGCAACCGACUUGGCUAGCCACAGAAAGAGGGAGUUGGUUGUCAAAGGCAAGACAUGGAGGAGACCGGAUCAACGAGUGCGCACGGUGUUUCAUUCGCCGGAGGAGGUUUGGACAUUGCAAAGUUUGCCCGACAACCGCAAACCAUCGUGCGGCUAUUAAGCUGGCUCUUUGCCAUUGUGGUUUUCGCCUGCAUCACCACAGAGGGCUACAUCAACCCAGUCUACAGUGCUGAGCCAAAGUGCAUCUUCAACCAAAGCGACUCAGCAUGUCAUUACGCCGUGGGCAUCGGUGUGAUUGCUUUCCUCGCCUGUGUGGCCUUUCUGGUUUUGGAUGUUUACAUGCCUUUUAUGAGCAACGCACAGCAUAGGAAAUAUGCUGUGAUGGCAGACCUGGGAUUCUCUGGGGCGUGGAGCUUUUUGUGGUUCGUGUGCUUCUGCUUGUUGGCCAGCCAAUGGAGUCGCACACACGACGUCAGUGGAAUCCCCCAGGAUGCUGCACGAGCAACAGUGGCCUUUUCAUUCUUCUCCAUCGCUACCUGGGGAAUCCUAACCUACUUCGCCUUGAGUCGUUUCCGUAGAGGCGCUGAAGACGUCACCAUCCCGGCUUAUACUGAGCAACCUAUCGACGAUCGCACGCCUUACCCGCCGACUUACGCCCCCGCCUCCUACAACCCCACGCCAUACACGCCCACCACCUAUAGCGCCUAUCCCGACUUGAGCCAGCAGCCUACCUUCACCCCAAACCUGGAAGCGACGCCCGGCUAUCAGCCGCCCAAUUACUGAUGUGUAGGGCAACCGCAACAAAGCCCCUGGCUCUUAGGAGCAGUUCCAGCAUUUCUCCAAGUCGUGUCUCCGUCGAUGAUAUGGCAUCCCAUUGGUUUUAACAUUUUCUAAUUGUUAAACCUGAAAAGUUAAAGAACUGCACGCAAAUGAAUAGGAGGGACCGUGCGGAUUACCGCAAGGGGUCGAGGCUCUCUGGUUUGUGAUCAGAUCUUCACAUCGGACAAUAGACGCUAGAUGUGAUCUUUGGCUCAGCUGAUCUCUGUGCUAUGACACAACACUUACCUCAGGCAGGCUGACAUGCAAAUGGAAUGUACCCACAAUUUCAGAGUAAUCGUGACUGCCAAUUACACUUGGUGAGAUCAGCACUGCGUAUUUCUCUCACAUUUGUACACAUUUCAUGGUUAAACUGUUGACAUUUGAAUUGCUGUGUAGUGUUUAACACUACUUACUUUCCAUCUGCCAUUAAUUGAAUUGUCUUCAUUUGUUGUACACAACUCACAAGGUAUUAAUUACUCUGAGUAAAAGUAGUUAUGGCAAUAUCGUUGGAAAAUUGCUUGCAACUGCUUGUUGUUUAGUGUUGACAUUGUGCAGUCAUAUCAUAAAAUAUCUUUGACACA